AUGCGUCCAUCUCCCCGGCUUCUGGCAGCUCCAGCGACAGCUCCCUUUCGUCCAGGACAACGGGCACCUGCUCUCGCCUUACUCCCGCCCAUACCAUUGUACCGCCGGCUCCUGCGCAUCCACCGCAAGAAGCUCGGGCCGGAAGAGCGCGUCUUUGGAGACACAUACCUCAAAUCCGAGUUCCGAAGACACAAGGAUGUAGAAAACCCUCUGCACAUUGUCGGCUUCCUGAGCGAGUGGCAGCAAUAUGGCCAGCAGCUCGAGGGCGAGGAUUGGAAGGAACAAAAGAUCGAGCCGGCGCUUCUGGACAGGAUGAGUGAUCAGCAAGUCGGGCAGAUGUAUGAACUUAUGCUUGCGAUUCAGAAGAGAGGGAGGGACAGUGUCGAUGAAGAGGAGGAGGGGCCGAUCCUGCGGGCGAUCGAGGAGGCCACGAAGAGUGGGAGUGACAAGUCUUGA